GCAACGCGCGAUGACGUCACGGUGCCCAGUUUGUCAAUCACACAUGGUGUGUAGGAGGUGACAGCUGCUGUGUGUUGACUAUUCCUCCAGUCAUGGAACCUUGCUCUUGUGAUACCUUUGUUGCCUUACCACCUGCAACAGUGGGCAACAGGAUUAUUUUUGGGAAGAAUUCAGACAGACCCAGUGAUGAAGUACAAGAGAUUGUUUACUUCCCUGAGAGAACCUAUGAGAAAGGAGAAAAACUGGAGUGUACCUACAUUGAAAUUGAGCAAGCAGAGAAGACCUAUGCUGUGAUAUUAAGUCGUCCAUCUUGGUUAUGGGGAGCGGAGAUGGGAGCUAAUGAAUUUGGUGUAUGUAUCGGAAAUGAAGCUGUUUGGGGGAAAGAAGACAUUGAUGACACUGAAGCACUUUUGGGCAUGGAUCUCGUGAGGCUUGGUCUUGAAAGGGCAAAUUCUGCCGAGGCUUCCCUAGAGGUUAUUAUUAGCUUGUUGGAAACAUAUGGUCAAGGAGGGAACUGCAUGGAAGGAAGCAUGUCCUUCACUUAUCACAACAGCUUUCUAAUAGCUGAUCGAAAAGAAGCCUGGAUCCUGGAGACUGUUGGACAGCAUUGGGCUGCUGAGAAAGUUGAAGAAGGAUUAAAGAAUAUUUCUAACAAUCUAUCUAUAACCACAAAGAUUGAUCGUGAACACCCAGAAACAAGGGAUUAUGCAAAAUUGAAAGGCUGGUGGGAUGGGAAAAAGGAGUUUAACUUUGCAGCCACUUACUCCUACUUCAGCCCAUCUAGAUCCUCUUCCUCUGGAGACAGAUUCUGUGAAGGACACAAGUUGCUUAGGAAACAUAAAGGAAAUAUGACCGCAGCAACCAUGAUGGAAAUCCUUUCUGAUAAGAAAAGUGGAAUUAAUAUGGAGGGAGGGUUUAUGACAACAGGAAGCAUGGUCUCUAUUCUACCCCAAGAUCUAAACCAGCCAUGUGUCCACUUCUUUACUGGCACACCAGAUCCUGCAAUAUCUGUUUUCAAGCCCUUCAUCUUUGUGCCACAGAUCCAGCCUUUUAUAAAGACCGUGUCACCUUGCUUCGGUUCAAAUGACCCUGUCAAGGAAAAGCCACGAUUUCAAACGAAACCAGACAGAAGACACGAGCUGUACAAAAAACAUGAAACUGCCUGGACGACCUUAGAACCAUCGCAAAGAAAAGAGAUACUGGAGAAAACAAAGAUUUUGGAAAAACAGAAGCUUAACGAGAUCGAACUAAUUUUAAACGAUCCAAGUUAUGACAAAUCUUCUCUGGUUUUACUGUUUCCCAAGUGUGUGGAUGAAGAACUGUCAAUUUAUGAAUGACAUUGUACUAAUUUGUAGGUAUUUUAACCCAUAGUAUCCUACCUUAUUAUAAACUGUGAUAUUCACAAGACAAUAGACCAAUUUAAUCCAUGUUAAGGCAUCUCGAAAAUGUCAGAAUAGUUAGCAAUGGAUUGAUCUUGCAUUUAGCUUAAAUGUACCUUUUAAAGGACAGAGGCUCCCUCUUGCUUCCCAUAGAAGAAAUACUUUAUUUUGUGUAAUUGGUUGCAUUUAAUUGUAUCUUUUGCACAAUACACACGCUCAAAGAACAACAUGAAUGAAUUUGUACAGACCGAUUUGCCUAAAUAUUUAAAAAUUUGCAUCAUAAACAGUGUAAGGCUUU